AUCAUUUUCAUGAUUAUACAACAUUCACUUAGAAAAGUUUUAUUGUGUAUAAUUAUUGUGCUAACCAUCUGUGAUCAACAAACUGGUUUUGCAGUAAUUGUGAAAAAAGGUGACAAUGUGGCUUUUUAUACUUUUUUAUUCAGCAUUUAUAUUACAAAAAUCUGAAACUGCAGAUGACAUAGUAACAGUGAAAGAAGUGAUAGCUGGACACUUGGCUGAACUCCCAUGCUUAAGUAUUGAUGAACACCAUCUGUUCAUGUUUUGGCAAUUUGGAAAUAACAAUGUUAUUGGUCCAGGAAAUCCUAUAAAUGAAAAGAAAUAUAAUUAUGAAGUACUGACUGGCAUGCUUCAAAUUAGAGGCGUAUCAACAGCAGAAUCUGGAUUUUAUAAAUGUUUUUCAAAGGGUUUAUUCGACGAUUCUCAAUUAAAAGUUCAUUCUGUUGAAUUAAUAGUUACAAACGACUGGGAGCAACUUUGGGAAAAUGAUUUUGAGACAAACCUGUUACGAGGAAUGACUGCUGUUAUGGUAUUGGUGGUGGCCGUAGCUGUCGUUCUUCUAAUUAUUACUGUUAAGAAAAAAAGAAGUCACAGAUUCUUUGAUCUUGAGGAGUCGAGAGAAAACUCUCCAGUACGUUAUACGCCAGAUAAUGCACCUGGCGUUUCAUCACGUGUCGAGAACGUUGGAAUGGAUAAUGCUGUUCUUGACAUUGAUUUUCCCAAGGUAUUUAAACAAAUGCAAAAGGAGCAAGCGAUACCAUAAAUUUUAAUUGUAUUGUAUA